AUGGCAACCAACGAAUCAAGUGGCACAGAAACAACUAACCCAUCAUCUGGUCUCUGCACGCGUUUUACUACAAAUCGACGUAUGAAUAUGCAAAGAAUGCAAAAUGUCCUUGUGAUUUGGUUAGACAACAGUAUCAAUGAAAAGAAUACUGAUUGUAGUAAUACGAUCAAGCAACUGAAACGUGUUGUUAACAACAUAAACACGUUUACAGAUGGUGAAGAAUGCAUUGAAUUUAUUCAAACCAUUACCGAUAACAAAGUGUGCAUGAUUGUCUCUGGGUCACUUGGAAAAUAUAUUAUGCGUCAUGUGCAUGACAUGUCCCAAGUGGGUACCAUUUUUAUUUUUUGUAACAAUCAAGAAUGCCACAAACAAUGGACUAAAGAAUGGCCUAAAAUAAAAGGAGUCUUCACAGAUAUAACAUCAAUCUGUGAUGCUCUUAAACAAACUGCUCAUCAAUGUGAGCAAAAUGCCAUCUCCAUCAGCUUUGUGGCGUCAAACAAAAAGCUGGAUCAAUUGGAUCCAUCAUUUAUGUAUACCCAGAUCUUGAAAGAGAUCCUGCUAACCAUUGACUUCAAAGAUGAACAUAUUAAAGAAUUUAUUACUUAUUGUCGUGAAGCAUUUGUCGAAAAUGAACGUAAAUUACAAAAUAUUGAAGAAUUCGAACGUGACUAUCAUAAUCAUAUACCUAUUUGGUGGUAUACUUAUCAAUGUUUUUUAUAUUCGAUGCUCAAUCAAGCAUUAAGAUCAAUGGAUGUUGAUAUUAUUGUUCGAAUGGGUUUCUUUAUUAGUGAUCUACAUCGUGAUAUUCAACAACUUCAUUCGGAACAACUUCUUGGUCAACAAUUUGGUAAAACAUUUAUAGUUUAUCGUGGACAAUGUCUUUCAAAAGACGCUUUCACUGAAAUGACAAAAACUAAAGGUGGACUUCUUUCAUUUAAUAACUUUUUAUCCACUAGUACAAAUCGUGCUGUUUCUCUCUGUUUCGCAUCACAACCUGUUACAAAUCCUGAUCUUGUUGGAAUUCUCUUUAUUAUAUCCAUUAACCCUACGAAAUCAACAACUCCAUUUGCGUCUGUUAGUGAUGUUAGUUAUUUUCAUUGUGAAGAUGAAGUUCUCUUCUCAAUGCAUACUAUUUUUCGCGUUGAAGAUAUUAAACCAAUGGAUGAGAAUAAUAAUCUCUUUCAAGUGAAUUUAACAUUGACCAAUGACAACGAUCCAGAUCUUCGUAUUCUCACUGAGCACAUACGACAAGAGACCUUUUCAGAUUCGACAGGAUGGCACAGAUUAGGAUCAUUGCUAAUUAAAAUGGGCCAGUUUAACAAAGCUCAAGAAAUUUAUGAAGUUUUACUUCAUCAAACAACAAAUGAGAGUGACAAGGCACCGAUUUAUUAUCAACUAGGUUGCAUUAAAUAUAAUCGAGGAGAAUAUCAAGAAGCACUUUCAUCUCAUGAAAAAGCUCUUAAAAUUCGACAACAGUUACUUCCUUCCAGUCAUCCUGAUUUGGGAGAGUCCUAUAAUACAAUCGGUUUGGUGUAUAAAAACAUGGGUGAUUAUCCAAAAGCACUUUCUUACUAUGAAAAAGCACUCGACAUUCAACUACAAUCACUUCCAUCGGAUCAUCUGGAUUUGGGUACUUCCUAUGACAACAUCGGUAUUGCAUAUCACUGCAUGGGUGAUUAUCCAAAAGCACUUUUAUCUCUUGAGAAAGCCCUCGAAAUUCGACUACAGUCGCUUCCGUCGAAUCAUUAUGAUUUGGGUAUGUCCUAUAACAACAUUGGUGUGGUGUAUGACAAAAUGGGUGAUUAUCCAAAAGCACUUUCGUAUUAUGAGAAAGAUCUUGCAAUUCUACAACAAUCACUUCCUCCAAAUCAUCCUGAUGUGGGUAUUUUCUGUAACAACAUCGGGUUGUUGUAUUCCAUGAUUGGUGAUUAUCCAAAAGCACUUUCUUAUUAUGAGAAAUUCCUUGCAAUUCAACAACAGUCACUUCCUUCCAACCAUCCGAAUAUGGGUAGUUUCUAUAACAAUAUCGGUUUAGUGUAUUACAAUAUGGGUGACUACCCAAAAGCACUGUCUUAUUAUGAAAAAGCUCUUGCAAUUCAAGUACAGUCAUUUCCCUCGAAUCAUCCUGAUUUUGCUAAAUCCUAUAACAACUUCGGUAAACUGUAUAACAGCAUGGGUGAUUAUCCAAAAGCACUUUUGUCUCAUGAAAAAGCUCUUGGAAUUCGACAACAAUCACUUCCUUCCAAUCAUUCUGAUUUGAGUGUUUGCUAUAAUGACAUCGGGUUGGUGCAUGAGAAUAUGGGCAACUAUUCGAAUGCGCAUUCAUUUUAUGAACGUGCUGUACAAAUUGGACAACAAUCAUUACCAACAAGUCAUCCUGGUCUUCAACAAUGGAGAAAAAAUCUCGAAAACAUACAAAAUAAAUUAUAA